GUUCUGGUUGAAAGUGUGAGCGCUGGAGUGAUAUGACUGAGACUUUCACUGAGAGUGAGAGAGGAGAAGCCGCAGCGGGGCUUCCUGUGGGCGCACAGACUCCGCGCUGCGCCGCAGCUACAUAGGAAAUGAGUCAGAGGAGCGGCGCAGUUCAGCGUGGGUGUGUGCGCACUAUUAAAACAAGGCGCAGACUCCUCCGCAUGACUCACUCUGAUGCUCGCUUUUCCAGCCUGGAAACCAGCGCGGAUUGUUAAUCAGAUGAACUUUUGGGAAUUGCGCGGCCGACAGCGAGCAGCUCUCCACCCGCAGACACCAUGGCUUCUGCCGCUCUUUGCGCACUGAUCUGCGGGCUUAUUCUGGCGGCCGUGACCGGUCUCCACGGCGUGAUUGCGGAAAAAGGUCAGUGUGGCAGCUCGGACUUCUGGAGCUCGGACCUGGGUGUCUGCGUGCCCUGCACAUCCUGCAAGCAGUACCCAAAGACGCCGUCCUGCAACACAUGUAAAUCAGUGGAGGAGACGUCUGACGUGUGGAAAAUGGCGGCCAUCACCAGCUUCUCGGUCCUCGGUGUGGUUCUGAUCGGGGCGGCUCUGAUCAUCGGGGUCAUGAUGCAUCGACGCAAGUCACACAAACUGCCUCUGCGAGAACCCAUCGAAGAGACGGCGGGGCCACUUUAUCAAGCUUAAACAGCUGAGUAGCCUCAUCCCACAGUGGAAACAGAUGUGACCGAAGCAUGGAGCCUGACGGAGGAACCUCUGAACCGUACACCUUAAACCUCAGGGUGUACCUCUGGCCACUAGAGGACCAUCCUAAUUUAUUGGACUGUUGGGUGAAGAGAUAAGCUCAGCUCUCGCUCACCUCUCUAGGCAUAGCAACAACAUUACUAGUUUGGUAUCACGUUCCAGAAAUGUUUGUCUUUAUUUUCCAUUAACUGAGAUUCCAGUCUGGAGGACCUUUUUGUUUCCGGACGUUUAGAUUCCGUUAAGACUCGUGGUCUUGUGUUGACUCCAGUGAAUGUAACUCGGCUGAGCUGCAGCUUGCUGGUAUUUUACCGGGAGCGCAGCUUCUGACGGUGAAGGAGACGCGCCGUUGGGCACAUUGAGGCCAUUUGAAUGUAGGGAGCUUUAGGAGAAACGUUUGGUUCCGCCCUGCCAGUACGUCCGUGUACCCGACUGAUGAGGAGAACAAACUGUUUCUGCAUCUCCUGAGACCAGCACAGAUUUCUUUUAGCAUUUCAGAUCCAGUCCACCGUUGUUUCUGUCUUAAAUGUUACUGACGUCCAGAAGGACCUGCAGUGGGUCUGCUCCAGCGCCGGGUUCUCAGCGCAUGCAGGACAGGAUGCUUGAAACACUAGACACACAGCCCCAAACUGCUAACAUGUGGGAAUGCUGCGAGGAAUGCACCGUAGAGAGGGAAAUAACCUACAGUGUUUUAGUUGGAGCUUCACAACCACAGCUCGGUCUGACCUGGAAGGUCUUCCCACACUUCCAACCAGGUCUUUUGUGAAGUUUGCAACUAAAAAAAACGGGUUGUUUGUCCGUUUUCUUUAUUGAUGUUCUAUCAAAUUUUAGCAGAACGUUGUUUUGAGCUGAUGUUUGACCACCAGGUUCAGGUCGUUUCUUCAUUCCUACCCUCCGUGCUUGUAGAGC